AUGAAGUGGCAGCCGUUCAUGUGCAUGUUCGUGCUGAACAAGAUGUGUGAGCUCAUCUCUAGUGGAGUUAGGACUGACAAGGGCUUCAAGGAGGUGCACUUGAACACCGUUGCAAAGCAGGUGUUCGAGUUUUGUGGGCAAGAGGUGUCUGCCACCCAGCACAUCUUCUCCUUCAGGAUGGCAACUGGGAAGCAUGCCAUGGGCUUGGGUGAGCCUCUUGGUUCUUCCAUGCCAGACUUCCCUGGGACACUGGAUGUUAAGUUCCUUGAUGGCCCUAACAAGCCCGCUGCGAAGCCCUUCGACAAGCCAUUUGACCCCAACCAUGAUAGGAAGAGGAAGAGAGGAGGUCUGAUGGAGGAGGACAUCAAUGACUUUUGCAGCAUGACUGAGGCAGUGAAGGGGGUGGCAACAACCAUCGGGAAGUGCAAGCCCCUCGACGUCCACCCUGACCUGUAUGGCGCUGUCAUGACCCAGGGUGGAUUCAGCGACGAGGCUCUCAUGGCAGCUCUCAGCCACCUGCUUGACAACAAGGCCCAGGGUGUUGGGUUUGUUGCCAUGGCCGACGCUCACAGGGGCAAGUGGUAUGUCGUGUUCAUCGAUGAGGUUCCAGGGGUUUAUAGUUCAUGGCAAGAAGCCAAUGCACAAGUGGCAUCGUAUAGCAACUGCAACUAUAGAGGGUUCAAGACUAGGCAGGCAGCAGAACAAGCUUACUCCGCCUGGGUGUGA